AUGGAAAACGCCGGAUUUUGGAUAUUCCUGAUAACAACUGGUGUUAUUUCAGGAGUGAAUGGCCAGUCUGUGGAAAUGGAUGAUGGGAAGUCGGGGUAUAUGGGUUCAAAGGUGGAUCUCCGCUGUCGGUUCAUCAACAGCUCCCCGCCAGUCAAGAUCUCCCAGGUAACAUGGCAGAAACUAGUGAAUGGCACAAAGCAGAAUGUGGCGAUCGCCAACCCAUCCCUGGGUGUGUCUGUGGCCCCACCCUACAGGGACCGCGUCACCUUCAAGAAUGCAGCAGUGAGGCGCCGAACUCCAACUCUUGAUGACACCACCAUUACUUUCUCCUCGCUACGCCUCUCUGAUGAGGCCACCUACAUCUGUGAAUACACCACAUUCCCUGCAGGGAACAGAGAAAACAAAGUAAACCUCACCGUCUACGUUCGCCCAACAACCCAGAUGAGUCUGUCCUCGCCAACGCUGGUGGCUCGCGCAUCCAACCUGAAAACACCGGUGGCUACCUGCAUCUCUGCCAAUGGAAAACCCCCUGGUACCAUCAGGUGGGAGACGAGGGUGCCGGGAGAAGUGACCACCCGGGAGUACAAAAACUCAGAUGGGACAUUCACCAUUCAGAGUGACUACAUAUUGGUGCCAAGCAAAGACACACACAAGGAAACGCUCACCUGCGUCACCACAUACAACGAGGAGGUCUACACUGACAGUGUCACCCUCGAUAUUCAGUACGAGCCAGAUGUUUCGGUGGAGGGCUUUGAUGGAAACUGGUAUCUGAACCGAGAAAACGUCCAACUGAGCUGCCAAGCUGAUGCCAACCCAGCUGUCUCUCUGUAUCAGUGGAGAGUAACAAAUGGCUCCAUACCGAGCAGUGCAGAGAUCCGAGACAAUGUUCUUACAUUUAAAGGGCCGGUCACAUACGAACUGCAAGGUACCUAUGUGUGUGAUGCAACUAACAGCAUCGGCACGAGAUCAGCCUCCGUGGAAAUCGGCAUUAUAGAAAAGCCAUUACCGCAGAUCGCAACAGGUGAUGUGAUCAGCGUAGUCGCCUUAUUACUGGCUGCUGGAGUACUUAUGGGCAUUACCAUCACAGUCCUGGUGCUCAAAAUAAGAAGUAGAAAAAACGAGUCCUCAAAUGACUCUCCGUCCAGAAAACUGUCCCAGCCAAUAAGGAAAAAACCAGCAGAUGAUAUUCAGCAUUCAGCACGAUUUUAUGAAGAGCUUCCAAACACAGCAGACUAUGUGAGCUACAGACUGGCCUGUAACAAGGAGGACUACCCAGAGCCCUACUCCCCUCCCAUUAACCCCCCUCUCUCAUUUCUGCCCCAACACCCCUACCACUCCUCACAACCCACUAAUACAACCCCCAGCAGCAGCAGCAGCACUGCCACAUCAAAAAACACCUUCUCCCCUCCCUCACACACCACAGCCAUCUUUAAGUACCCCUCCGUGCCGGGCCUGGCUUCUCCUCCCCCUGGUAUGGCAGCGUACACUUUCCCCAAAGAGCAGUACGUCUGAGUGG